AUGAUCUUCUAUCUUUUUUGCACCAUAGACAAACCGACACUCUUUAUAAUAAUUUCUUUGAAAUUAAACAGUGUGGAGAUACAGGGUGCUUAUAAUAGUUAUACUAGAGUGUAUACUCUCCCGUAGACUCAAAUAUAUUCAAUUUAAGGUGUCGAAGCGCCCUCAACCAUGAAGUUAAUCAAAGUUUGUGAAUACAGCCUUAAGGUUUUGGGAGAGAAUGGAUUUACCACAAAUCGUAUCAACAAUCUUCACAUUAGGUAUGAUCAAGUGUGCAAAACGCGACACAAGAAAAUGUAUGCCAAGAUGUAUAUUUAAUCUGUGAUUAAAAAUAUUUUAAUUUAUUAAUUAAAUCCAUCUAAUACUAAUUCUCAUUUCAAUCGCAAGAUUAACUUAAUUUCAAAUUAUUAGGAGGUUUUCUUAUGCAUAUCUUUAAGAUGCUGGAAAUAUUUAAAAGCAUGA